CCCUCAUAGAUAUCUCAUCUCAUAUUUCUCUGCUAUGGGCAUAUGGCACCAAUGGCCAUGUCAAGGAUUCCUCCCUGAAUGCAAAGUGAAGUUCAAGUUCCCGUCUUUUGUGGGAGGCAGUUCACAUUUCCCACCCCAGGCCAUCAGCUAUAACCGAAUCAGCAAAUACUGGUGUCAACGCGUCGACUGACAUCUUCCUGAAACCAAACCCCCCGACGUGACUCAUUCCCUGUUGUAAAGCGGAUGGGCGUGCUUUCCAUUUGAGAAGAAGAAGGCUUUCGGCAGGUGCGUAUUUCCUGGAGAGAACCCAGUCAGUGUCUUGUCAACAUCAACCUCAACGCCCCAAGGCUCUUGCCCCAGUUCGCUUCUUCGAACCCAUUCCAUUCAUCUUUCAAACGAGGCACGCCCCAUUUGUUGCUGAGACCAGACUCCACUGCUUUCCUUGAUUUCCAUUGCAUUUCUCUCCUGUACUCUUACCCCAAUCAUCAUGGCCCGAUAUGAUAUUUCAGCCCUCAUGGGUAUGCGCCCCAACGCACGGAUCGAUGUCAACAGGUUCAGUGAAGUUGGCAGCAACUUGCUCCGCCAGCACAGCACAAGCGUGUUAUCCGAACAACCCACCAACCGGUCGAGGAACGUGUCGAAUUUCUCCCGUCAAAGCGAAAGGAACACCGCAGCUCCUGAGGCCGCUUCGCGGUCUACUACGCGACAACCAAGCGAUCCACCGUGCGGACAUCGUGCACAGGACGACUCCGGCUUUGCCAGAUUCCUCAAGGAACACACGUCCCCCAAGCAUCAACGCGUCACUGCUGGUGGUCGAAUCGUACCCAUGGAGGCACCUCCAAAGAUGAAACUGCCUACAUUUGUUCCGCAGCAUAAAGUCAGCGGUGACAAGAAAGGCUCUGUUACAUCGACAGAGGAGAACGAAAGUAACAAAAUCGAGCAAGGAAAUGUGCGAGCCAAAGACACACUCCUUGGCAUCGAGACUUCCAAACAUGGCUCUCAAUCUGCUGGUGUGCCUAUCAAUUACGCAUUUCCAGCAUAUGGGAGCUUUGAUCCGUACUCGCAAAGCUUGGGGCAAACACCCAACCUUCUCUCUGCUGCAGGAGCUUCGGGUUUGAUGUCUCAGCUUGGGGUACCAUGGCCUCCCGAUAGCCAGCAGCUUCUAGAAUCUGAGCUACAGUCCCCAGAGUAUCACAUUCCUGCUGCGCCUGAGUAUUCAAUGCUCAACUUUACGAACCCAUGCGUCUGGCAUCCGAGUUUGUAUGAUGCUUUGAAUACACCAAGCGCGUUAACCCCUUUCAUGCCCCCGAUCCAGCCGCAUGCGACCAUCUCAACACCGUCGGACUUCUCAGCAGGCAGCAUUGCCAGUAGCGGAGGGGCUACGCCUUUACUGAGCCCGUUCUAUUCAGGAUAUGGCAUGCCUUAUACCCCUGCGGGACUCCAGUGGCAUCAACUUAUCAACGGACAGGCGCCAGUUCAAGCCCAGCCAAUAAUGCCUGCCGUGAUGCCCACUCCGUUGUAUCAGAAGUCUCUCGAUGAUGCUGCCAAAGAGUACGACAAUCUAUCGGCUCAACUCUCACGCCUGGACAGAUACAUGGCAAUGCAUACCUGGGAUCUAGAUCCUCAAACCAAGAAACUGUUGGUCGAACAACGCGUUGGUUUGGUGAAAGAGUUAGAUACCGUCCGGAUCUACAGGGAACAUCUCGAAUGGGCCUCUGCGAAGAUCAGGAUGAAUGCCUUGAGCACCCAUGUUGGCAUGUCUGAGCCGGCACUGUCGACAGGAAUGUAUCUUGCUGGUAACCUGGCGAAUAGCCAAGCAUUGUUUGGACAAGCCGCAUGCAAUUCCAGCUCAGAAAGCGCUGUGCCAACGUUCGCUAUGCCGUCGGUUACAGGCGCAUUUCCGUCACAACUUUCCAGUAAUGAAUCAGGAAGCUCAACAGCAAUUCCGUCGAUGCCAUGGCAAAGUUCGACUGACUACUUUGGUCCUUAUCAGGUUCCAGCAUUGCAAGAGGCAAACACAAGCAUCAAAGCACCCACGCAGUCGCAGCGACUGAAAUCAAAGCGGCCGAUCGCUAUCAAAGUACCGCCCGUGGAACCCAAGAAAGAUAUCGCAUCCGAUAGAAAGGUGAAGGUAGCGAAGGACAGCGAGGCAGACUGGACAUCACGCAACAAGGAUCUGCCUUCAAACGUUCUACAGGUGUACCGCCAGAUUGAAGAGAUUGCCCGACAAGGCGAUUCCCUCAGCGGUCUGCUUCAGGACUUGGAUUCAGCUGGGCCAACCAUCAAGCCGACCUCAGACUGUUACUAUCCACCGAAGCUUCCAGCCACCAGAGCAACUGGAGAGCGGAUAAUGGGGACCCAGCCGAUUGGAAAUGCCGGUACAGUGAAGCUCAAGUCCGCUGACCACUCAGGACAGGAGUUUUCGAGGCUGCGCUCUAGUCGAGAUCCCCGCAAGCCCCGCAAUCGGCCUCGGAGUCACGAAGACGUGGUUAAGAGCCCUUUUGUGGUAGUGGAGGAAGAUGAUGCCCGGUCCAUUCUCUCCUAUGUCUCGACCACAGACUCGUGGGCCACCGUGCAUGAAAAAGAUUUUGGCAAGAAGGAGCUUGGUUGUCAAAAGAGCACACUGAGACGAGGAUUGUCUCAUGAAAGCACCGACUCCGUCAAGCGUCCUACUACUCCGUUUUUUGAUAUCCCCAACACCAUGACCAAGCACGCUCUUAUAUCCGGCAAUGGUGGUAUAUGCAGCCCCAGGGCCGCGCACCGACGAAGCGGCCCUGCCCUUACAGAUGACCCUAUCCCAUCGAGACAACGGAGUAAUGCGGAGAGUAUGAAGCUUCCCUGCUCGCCGCUCCUUGCGUCGUACUUGAUCAAGGAUCGCAGCCUAGCUGGACAGAAGACCAUGGCCUUGGCAGUUCCCCAAAACGUUCAUGCCCAUGGCAUCGUGCCUCAUAUUGACCGCAUAGGAGAUGUAACUAGGAAGUGCAGGGCUGCUCCGAUGACUGGGCAUGGAAUAGGCACCAUGUGGUACAAGCCAGAAAGAGGUGUUGGAACCUAG